AUGCAUCUUUGCUGCGUUUGCGCAGAGAAGGUGCGGAAGAUCGAGUCAGAGCGAGAUUCCAGCGCCACUUUUGAGCAGUCAGAAGAAAUUCCGCCCGUGAAGACGGCAUUUGUGAAGAUCAAGAAGUCGGGCGAUGAGAGAGACUGCAACUUUCAUUACGAGCAGAUCUUGGUCCCAGAGCACUACAAGUACUACUGUAGUGACUGUGCUGUUGUCAAACUUCUGCGGGAUCCGAGCAUAAAAGAAAGCGAUCACGACUUUGUCAGCGAGCGCGUUCGAGACGAAGAGCCCUGCGAGAAUUACAGACUUUGGCUGCAAUUUACAGCGACAAUCGCCGAAAUGCUCCGACGCAAGCAGCAUUACAUGGCCCAGUACUCGCUUAUCAUUUCGUCGCGCGAAACCUACGUCAACAAUUUGGAGCAGUUCGUCAAAAAUCACAUCCCGUUGCCGUUCAACUUGCAGGACUACAAAAACGACCGCGCGGGGCUUCAAAAAUACACGGAUGCGACAUUUCGUUUUCACCAAUACCCGAGGAGAGCGAAGGAGGAUCGGGAAAUGAUAGAAAUGCUCAGAGGAAGGCCGAUAAUCGACGAGGACGAGGAGUUUAUCCAGAUUUCUCAAAUGCUUGUCGCGAAAAAAGGGAUGGAAACAAUCCCUCUUUCCCCAGGGGCGUUUGCGUACUUCUUUUUCAAAAGCGAGAUGGAACUCAUCAUGGAACUGGCGCUCCAAAAGUGCACGGAUAAGAUACGAGAUUGGGACAAAGCUGUGGACAGGUGGAUCGGCAAAAGAAACCGCUACUUUUCUGUUCUUUCGAAAGAGCCAGAAACUGCUUCAAAACACUACCUCAAAACAAAACACGAGCUGUUUGACGAAGCCCGACUAAUGCACCGCGACAAAAGCUGCGAGAAAAUCCAUGUCCCCUUUCACUUCGACAGCGGCUACAUGAAACGAACCCAUGUCAAGCCUUGGCGAAAAGUUUCUCUGGCAGAUCUCAAAUCCAGUUUCAAAGAACAAGUCGCGCGUGUGUGGACUAAAAAUACCGUCGAUUUGGACCGAAUGGAUGCAAAAUUCAAGAUCAAAACCACGAUCUUGUCUGCCGAAGAGUUGGAGAAAAAGAGCUUUCAUGUGAAAUCCGGCACUUUGAAAAAUCGAGAGUGGCUUUUACCCGUCGUUUCUUUUCCCGUUCGCGAAGGGGGAACCACCGCUGGCUUUGUUCGGGAAUCUAUUUCGAACAUGCUCGAUUACACAAUCACCCAAAGUGGCCAUCCGAUGAAGAAGCUCGAGUUGACGAAAGAUUGGCAGCUGGGAAUCGCGAUGGUCGGAUUCAACACUCGCAAUGUGCAGAUGAAAAUGGCAACGACUUACUACCGAGUUGCGGUGAAGCUGUUCAAAUCGGAAGAUGCUUCUGCCGGCGUCCUGAGCAGAGCAUCCUCGGAGAAGAAAAUUCUCAUGUGGUGUCUGGACCUGGACAAGCAAAAUAUCUUCUGGGUCAAGAAAGUUCCUACAGUGUACAAGCUUCCAGCGCAUUGUGGCCCAACAGUGAUUCCUUUCCAAGCCCAUCAUGUCUGGUACACUUCUGUUCCGAGAUCCGACUUGAGUUCUGAGCUGAAAUACAGCUGCAGAGUCGAGGAAUACCUCCAAAAAAGCCUGGAAAGCUGGCACGCCUCUUCAACCAAGAAUCAAAUCAAUACCUUCAUCGAGAAACACAUGAACUUCCGCGGCAACUACGAAAUAAAAGUCCUCCAUUCUCGGAGAUCAAAGUGCCCCAUCGAACGAGCAAUGUUCAACUUUGGCGAUAUAAUUGUCCGAGAUCCGCAUGGCGAGAAACAAGUAACAAUGGCGACUUGGUGGAGCGAAAUUCAGCAAAAACAUGCUGUCGUGAGAAAUCCUGGAGCCCAUCACGAAAGCGCCACGAAUAAUUCCAAAAGAAAGCGCCUCCUUUGCGCGUUUUCCAACAGCGUCAUGCUUCACAGAGACUCGGCUAUCUGCCACAGGCCCGUUGUUAACACGCUGAAGCAGUACGACUUGUGCGAGGAGUACAAAGAAGCGAAAGAAAAGGAAUACCGGGGAGAGAGAUUGACGAGAGAAGCGCAAAUGAUCUGGCGAGCGGUGAACAAAUAUCCAAGCUAUCGGAGAGUGAUGCGCAUUCUGCUAAAGUAUUUGAACGAAAAUGAGAAAACAAGGGACUACCAAGCCAUGUUCAUGGAAGUAAUGAGUUUGAAGCAAGUAGAAGCUGCGAGCGGUUCAAAACAGAACAGCGAUUAUCCGGAGCGAUUUCCAAAAGUCACAAAAUCGGAAUUGAUGGAAUUUUUAUCCAUAAAUCGCGCGCUCUCCAACGACUUUCCCAUGCCCUGCGAUCUUCUUGGAAACACAGUAACUGCCAUACGAGCGUUCGAUCUGAAGAGAGAAAAGGAUGAAGACAAGAAAAACUUUUAUCCGACGAUCUUGAUGAACAUGCUAAACGGACUUAAAAUUCUCGACAACUCGAUAUUCUACAAUCACGGAAGAAACGGGGAGAGAACAGUUGGCAGAAGAAACAUCAGACUCACCUACCGAAAAGCUUACAACGCGAAUGCUGGUUUCAAUUACCGAAACAGAAGAAAGGGAAACAUCAAUUCUCAACACAUUGAUCGAAAAUCUGACCCUUCAAACACGGAAAACCAGACGAUUACUGAGGUGGACACGAUGACGCAGGAAGAAAGAGAGAAACAAGCGCGGAAACAAAAGUUCAUCAAGGACGAUUUUAAGCAAAUCCAAAUGGGUAACAAGUGGCUCGUCCAGGUCAACGGCAUUAUGUAUGACAUGAAGCAAUCAGAAGAAUAUCUUCGAGAACGCCGAGCGGCUCUAGCUUCAGACGAGAAAAAGAAGGACCACGUCGUCAUCUCAAAGGAAGAUCUCGAAGCUGAGGAAGCCGAAGAAUCGUCCCAGCAACAACUUGCAUCCAUGGAAUUUUCCACUAUUCUUCUCAAACAGGCGCAAGAGGAUAGCAAAGACUCAAAAGUAUAA